AUGGUGCUCGUGGAGCAUACUUUCGAUGCGAAAUGUCGGCAAACCCCCGUCAACCUCCCUGACAGGGACGGAGGAAUGCCGCCAGUAAAGGCACAAUUCUUCUACUCUUCCUCGGUACCGAUUGAUGACCCGCUUUCCGCGAGCUCGCACACGGCAACCACCGAUUUCAAGAAAUACAAGGAGCUACUGCGACCUUUCGGCCGAGGUGACAACAACGCGCUGGAAACAGCGUGGGUGUCUCUGUCUAACACUGAAAGUCGUAGUCGCCACGAGGCUCUGCGCUCCGGAAAGCCAAAGACUGGGUCAGUAGCCAACAAAGAUGCAAGUUCGCGAGAGGAACUCGUGCAGAAAGCUGCUCAAAAGCACGGGAAAAUUCAUCUCGAAGUCAAGCACGACCAGAACCUCACAGCUCGCAUCGCAGCCAGCACAAACGAGAUGCGAGACACGCAAGAGGAGCUAUGCUGCUCUGAGCUGCUAAAUGAGAUCAAAGAACAGCUCAAGCACACAACGUGCUCACUAGCGAGAGCUGUUGAUCCGUUAUUCCGUCCAGAGGCGAUUGCCACAGAUGUAUCAGCAUUGAUACGCCGUCGUCAACUACAACAAGACAGCGAAGAAUGUCCAAUAUUGAACUCACUUCAAUCUGAAUCUUCCAACAAGAAUUCUAAAACCAUCGAUGUAGGCUCACUGUCUCAGCCUUCAACGCCGAAGCAGUUUUUUGUUGAUGAUAUGAGAAGUUUUGGAAAGAGCCAGAGCAAGCGUUCCUCCUGGACGGGAGGUGAAACCAAAUCUCGCAUGCGAGCUGACUCUCAGCUAUCCGAUCAUUCAAACAGAACGAAUGAGAUGCCUAGAAACUCGGCAACGCGCGAUGGAAUUACGGGGAACCCUUUCGCAAGAGUCAAUGGCCCAGGAGCAGGGUCCGAUCUUGUGACUCCUUCAAUAUCGCACGGUCAAUCUCUGUCGAACGAUUCACAGAAACUUCUGGCGCAGACGCGACCGGAAAGUCUUUCUGGCAAGCAUCACGAAACUAAAGAACAACAUGAAUCGUACUACCCGCUCGCUACUGGAUUCAAAACAGAGGAACUUCCAAAAGCACACAUCACUGUUGGGAUAUCCAGACUGCAUCUAGUUGACUUGCCUGAUCUUCAAAUGAAGCCAAUUUACUGGUCACCGAUCAACGAUGUUGCAGUGGUGACCAGAGCAACAUGGGACACAAUGUUGCCCGUAUCUACGGCAGUGGCUAACCAGUUAGAAGCUGGAUAUCAAGAAAUGAAGCCUUGGACAGAGACUUGGAAGGAAGAAUUGGCAUGCGCCCUGGAAGUCGGAGCCGCAGGCGAAGAGAAAGUCUCAUAUCAGCUAUGGCCCGAGCACAACCGUCCACUGAAUGGUAUCAACUCGUGUGAUUCCGAGCCGAUCAUCUCAUCUGACCUUUUCUGCGCAGCACGGUGCUUUCGGGGGGAUGCCGCCGCAAAUGGCUCCAUAUACUCGCUCAAUAUGGAGAAGCAGCUUCCCAACCGUCCCUUUGCCAGAUAUCAAGUCAUAUACAAAGAUCGCAAGACGGCAUUCCUAUUGAAGCCUAAUCUGGCACCAUCUUCAUACCACGGUAGAUGUCCCGUUGCAAAGAUACUGCGAGGGUUGACUGUAGGGCUGCCUGUCGUCCGUGGCUUUGAUAGACGCUCCUGGAACAGGCUCCAGGGUCCCAAAAAAGCUGCUGUAACAGCAGAAGAGGUACCUGCGGUAAAUGCCCAAGAAGAGAUAUCAAGCGAAUGUCCUGCUUGUUCCGCCGAAAAGGAUCGCGGGCAAAUUACAGACCUUGUUCUAGUUGCCCACGGUAUUGGACAAAAGAUUGCAGAAAGGGUAGAAAGCUAUCAUUUUACGCAUGCUAUCAAUAGUUUUCGAAGAGCUGUUAACAUCGAGCUUGGGAACCCGACUAUCCAGAACGUCCUUCGCGCAGAUCAGAAUGGCUUCAUGAUACUGCCACUCAACUGGAGAGUCGGGCUUUCAUUUGAUAGUGAUGAUGCGACGCCAACCGGAACCAAGGACACGACAGGGUCGUUCGACCUGAAAGACAUUGAACCUAGCACGAUACCCGCGGUUCGGAGCAUGAUCUCCGAUGUCAUGUUUGACAUUCCAUUUUACAUGUCUCACCACAAAAUAAAGAUGAUAACAGCUUUGGUACGCGAAGCUAAUCGCGUUUAUAGAUUGUGGUGUCGAAACAAUCCUGGGUUUUCUGAUAAAGGCAGGGUUCACUUGAUUGCGCAUUCACUGGGUAGUGUCAUGGCGGUCGACAUUCUAUCUCGGCAGCCUACGAGCGUGCCUCGGUUAAAUCUCUGCACGCCAAUUGCGCCCGACGAUCAGCACUUCGAAUUCAACACUACGAAUCUGUUCUUGGCGGGAAGCCCGGCCGGCUUCUUUUUAUUGCUGGAAAAAGGUGCGCUGAUGCCCCGUUGUGGCCGAACAAAGGCUGGAGCGGAUGACGGCGAUGUAGUCGCCAAGAACGUGGUUGGGGAGGCUGGGACAUUUGGGUGUCUGGCCGUGGAUAACGUAUACAAUGUCUUGGCUAAAGAGGACCCGAUUGCAUAUUUGUUGACCGGCGCAAUUGACCCCUCCUACUCCUCGAGCCUUAAGGUCGCCUACGUACCAAGCGUCACACCCUCGCUGAUAAGCACUGUCAGGGACGCCAUCAGGCAGGUGGUGCCCGGUCUGAAUCCGGAGCCAGAUCCGCUUGCGAUUGAGCCGCAAAGACCAACAACAGCUCGCAUGCCCUCGCAGCUAGAGCUAGAGAUUCACGAUUUCACAAGAGAAGAAAUUGCCGAGAAAAAGGCGUAUCUGCUCAAUGAUAACGGUCAGAUUGAUUGGUUCCUACGUUCCUCUGGCGGACCUCUCGAGAUUCAGUACUUGAACAUGCUUAGUGCGCACACCAGUUAUUGGACAAACCAAGACUUUAUUCGCAUGGUGUGCUUGGAAAUUGGCCGGAAACCAGGCCGUAGCCACACGUUCCCGGCAAUGAGGGCAGUCAAAAAAACGAAGCGAGACGGCAAGAAAUAG